CGCUUCUUUCAACAGUAGCAACAGUUAGUCAGACACCUCCGUAGCUUGCUAGACAACAUAGACGAACCGAUAAAGCUUUAGAUGCUUCCGUAGAGCCACUGUGUUUUAAACACACUUCUGUUGUCUAGUUAGUUAUCCAAUUUAAUGUCAUAUUUACGUUGUUGUUAUUAGUCAGCUAGCUGGCUUCUUAAGUUAGCACUAGCCUAGCUAUCUAACAUUCCCGACCAUGAGUUCACUAAGCUACUCUCCUGCUAAAGAAGAGGGGGUCUGCUGGACGGAGAAAGAAGCUCUCGUGAAAGAGGAGGAAGAAGAGGAGGCUGUUACCGUGAAAGAAGAAGAGAACUACGUUUCAGUGAAAGAUGUGUUCGGAGUGAAAGAUGAGGAAGAUGAUACAGUAAAAGAAGAGGAGGAAGAGAAAGACCAGGAUGCAGGUUUUGGAGUGGAGGAGGGGGAGAUGACUGUCACAUCGAAAAAGGAGGAGGAAACGGGAUAUCUGGGCCCAGUUUCCCAAAUGCAUCUUAAGGCAUCCAAUGGUUCUAACGAUGAACUUAGCCAUAAGAUGGUUUUGAGAAACCGUUCCCUGAUUAACACUAGAGAGAGACAUGACUAUUGUGGAUCCUCUGGGGAGCCUCAACAACAUCAUGAAGCUGACGAGGCAAAGAAGAGUCUCUCCACAUCAGAAACCCUCAAAAAACACCAGCAGAGAUCCACAGAGAAGAAAUCUCAACGCUGCUCUGACUGUGGGAAGACCUUUUCAAGAUUAUAUACGUUACAAUCACACCAGAGAAUUCACACUGGAGAGAAACCUUUCAGCUGCGAUCAAUGUGGGAAGAGUUUUGUUACAUCUGGCUGUCUGACUAUACACCAGAGAACACACACAGGAGAGAAACCGUAUAGCUGUGAUCAAUGUAAAAAGAGUUUUGUUACUUCGAGCUCUCUGACUAUACACCAGAGAACACACACAGGAGAGAAACCUUAUUGCUGUAAUCAAUGUGGGAAAAGUUUUGUUUCAUCUAGCCGUCUGACAAUACACCAGAGAACACACACAGGAGAGAAAUCUUAUAGCUGUGAUCAAUGUGGGAAGAGUUUUGUUUCAUCUAGCCAUCUGACUAUACACCAGAGAAUACACACAGGAGAGAAAGCUUACCACUGCUCUGACUGUGGAAAGAGUUUUUCUAUCUCAGGAAAUUUUAAAUCACACCAGAGAACACACACAGGAGAGAAACCUUAUAGGUGUAAUCAAUGUGGGAAGAGUUUUGCUCAAUCAAGCAACCUGAUAGCACACCUGAGAAUACACACUGGAGAGAAACCUCACUGCUGCUCUGAGUGUGGGAAGACCUUCUCAAAAUUAUAUACAUUACAAUCACACCAGAGAAUUCACACUGGAGAGAAACCUUAUAGCUGCUCUGAAUGUGGAAAGAUCUUUUCAAAAUUAUAUACAUUACUAUCACACCAGAGAACACACACUGGAGAGAGGCCUCAUAGCUGUAAGCAAUGUGGGAAGAGUUUUAUUCGCUCAAGCUGCCUGAUGGUACAUCUGAAAAAACACACAGGAGAAAAAUCCUUUAGCUGUGAUCAAUGUGGGAAGAGAUACUUUGAUAAAAGAUCUCUGAUCAAACAUCAGAAAAUACAUGCUUGAAGGACUUGAAUGUCACAAUGUGGAAUGUUUUUAACAUUGUAGAAGGCGUAUUUUAAUUAAUAAUGUGACAAUAAUGUAGAACCCUAAUAUUUUUCCUCUGUUCUAUUGAUUUCAGUGUGAUAUGGAUAUUAGCCUCAUCAGGGGAAAAAUCCAGGUUCUGAAAUGAAAGAGUACUAUUUAUAUGAUUAACAAGAAAACUUGUUGCGUUACACUUACCUCGUCGGGGACCCACUUGAAUCAAAAUGCAACACUUCAAAAUGUAGCUAGCUGUUUUCUACAAAUUGUCCUCUAAACCAGUGAUGUACACAUUAUUCCCAGAUUCUGUGUUUUUUGAGCUGUUAGUUUUAUCAGGUUGUGCAACCUCAUCUCCCCCUCUUGUGCAAUUGAUUUCAACGUGAUAUUGAUGUGAGUGAUGCUAAAUAUGUGUACUGUUUCUCUUCGUUUUGGGGACCCCGAAAUUUCAAUGCGUCACUCCAAAAUGUAGCUGACUGUCUUCUGCAGGUUGUCCUCUAACCUGUGAGGUAAAAUAUGUCUCCCAUUUCCAUGUUUUUUUUGUUUUCAAUUCAUGUAAAAUGUUGUAAUCAUACAUAUUUAUGCUACCGACUGAAAAACUGUUGGUACAAUGAUGUUGUUUACGAACGAUGUUGUAAAACAAGUUUAUAUUGUUCUAUUGGAUAAUACACCCAGGCCUCACUAUUUUAAUCAAUGUUAUCUCCUUAGAAUGAUCAUUAGUCUUGUAUUGUUCUAUUGGAUAUUACACCCAGGCCUCACUAUUUUAAUCAAUGUUAUCUCCUUAGAAUGAUCAUUAGUCUUGUAUUGUUCUAUUGGAUAAUACACCCAGGCCUUACUAUUUUAAUCAAUGUCACUUCCUUAGAAUGAUCAUUAGUCUUGUAUUGUUCUAUUGGAUAUUACACCCAGGCCUCACUAUUUUAAUCAGUGUUAUCUCCUUAGAAUGAUCAUUAGUCUUGUAUUGUUCUAUUGGAUAUUACACCCAGGCCUUACUAUUUUAAUCAAUGUCACUUCCUUAGAAUGAUCAUUAGUCUUGUAUUGUUCUAUUGGAUAUUACACCCAGGCCUCACUAUUUUAAUCAGUGUUAUCUCCUUAGAAUGAUCAUUAGUCUUGUAUUGUUCUAUUGGAUAUUACACCCAGGCCUCACUAUUUUAAUCAAUGUUAUCUCCUUAGAAUGAUCAUUAGUCUUGUAUUGUUCUAUUGGAUAAUACACCCAGGCCUUACUAUUUUAAUCAAUGUCACUUCCUUAGAAUGAUCAUUAGUCUUGUAUUGUUCUAUUGGAUAUUACACCCAGGCCUCACUAUUUUAAUCAAUGUCACUUCCUUAGAAUGAUCAUUAGUCUUGUAUUGUUCUAUUGGAUAUUACACCCAGGCCUCACUAUUUUAAUCAAUGUCACUUCCUUAGAAUGAUCAUUAGUCUUGUAUUGUUCUAUUGGAUAUUACACCCAGGCCUCACUAUUUUAAUCAAUGUCACUUCCUUAGAAUGAUUAUUAGUCUUGUAUUGUUCUAUUGGAUAUUACACCCAGGCCUUACUAUUUUAAUCAAUGUCACUUCCUUAGAAUGAUCAUUAGUCUUGUAUUGUUCUAUUGGAUAUUACACCCAGGCCUCACUAUUUUAAUCAGUGUUAUCUCCUUAGAAUGAUCAUUAGUCUUGUAUUGUUCUAUUGGAUAUUACACCCAGGCCUCACUAUUUUAAUCAGUGUUAUCUCCUUAGAAUGAUCAUUAGUCUUGUAUUGUUCUAUUGGAUAUUACACCCAGGCCUCACUAUUUUAAUCAAUGUUAUCUCCUUAGAAUGAUCAUUAGUCUUGUAUUGUUCUAUUGGAUAUUACACCCAGGCCUCACUAUUUUAAUCAAUGUUAUCUCCUUAGAAUGAUCAUUAGUCUUGUAUUGUUCUAUUGGAUAUUACACCCAGGCCUCACUAUUUUAAUCAAUGUUAUCUCCUUAGAAUGAUCAUUAGUCUUUCGGGUUUUGAUUGUCUUUAGUUAUUUUCAUUCUCUUAUGUUUGUUGUGGUGUAAAUAUUUAUGUUUUUUAUGCUUUUAUAUAUAUUAUUAUUCCAUGCCUCACCAUUAAGUUCUCCAAUACAUAUUGAAAACGUUAUGUUUGGCGUAAAAGCAACAAAUCAAAAUCAAAUCAAAUCAAAUGUAUUUAUAUAGCCCUUCGUACAUCAGCUGAUAUCUCAAAGUGCUGUACAGAAACCCAGCCUAAAACCCCA